AUGUCCCUGCUUCCUCCCGAGGUCCACAGUGCGCUGUCCCAGCUGCUGCGCGCCUUGAGCACUCCCGACAACGCCGUCCGCUCGCAGGCUGAAGAGCAACUGAACAAUGAUUGGGUCCAGAACAGACCUGAUGUCCUGUUGAUGGGACUUGCUGAGCAGAUUGGUGGUGCUGAAGAGACAAUAACUCGUGCUUUCUCCGCUGUGCUCUUCCGCAGAAUUGCAACCAAAACUCGCAAGGACCCCGUUUCUGGCGACGUCAAGGAGGUCUUCCUCAGCCUGCCAAACGAACAACGUGUGGCCAUCCGGGAAAAGCUAGUUACCUGCCUCACAACCGAAUCUGUCACCGAUGUGCGCAAAAAGGUUGGCGAUGCCGUGGCUGAGGUGGCGCGUCAAUACACUGAUAAUGGCGACAAUUGGCCCGAACUACUCGGUGUUCUCUUCCAAGCCAGCCAGUCUCCCGACUCCGGUCUGCGAGAGACUGCUUUCCGAAUCUUCACAACCACCCCCGGUAUCAUUGAGAAGCAGCACCAGGAUGCUGUGCUGGGCGUCUUCACUAAGGGAUUCGAAGAUGACAUCAUCUCUGUGAGAAUCGCCACUAUGGAAGCUUUCGCCGCCAUGUUCCGCUCUAUUCCCAAGAAAUCCCAGUCUAGAUUCUUCUCGCUCGUGCCAUAUUUGCUUAACAUCCUACCUCCUCUCAAAGAGUCCAGCGAGAGUGAGGAGCUAUCUUCUGCAUUCCUUGCUCUGAUUGAGUUGGCCGAACUUAGCCCGAAGAUGUUCAAGACUUCAUUCGGUGACCUGGUUAAGUUCAGUAUCAGUGUUGUUGCUGACAAGGAGCUCAGUGAUCAAGUGCGCCAAAACGCUCUGGAGUUGAUGGCCACAUUUGCCGACUAUGCGCCCAACAUGUGCAAGAAGGAAACCAAUUUCUCACAGGACAUGGUUACUCAAUGUCUGAGUCUCAUGACUGAUGUUGGUGCUGAUGACGAUGAUGCUGAGGAGUGGAAUGCUUCUGAAGAUCUUGAACCCGAGGAGAGUGAUCUCAACCACAUUGCCGGUGAGCAAUGUAUGGAUCGUCUGGCCAACAAGCUAGGUGGCCAGGCCAUCCUCCAACCUGCCUUCUCAUGGAUUCCUCGCAUGAUGUCGUCCACCGCCUGGCGUGAUCGCCACGCUGCCCUCAUGGCCAUCUCUGCCAUCUCUGAGGGAUGUCGGGAUCUUAUGGUUGGUGAGCUGGAUCAGGUCCUUGCUCUGGUUGUGCCAGCCCUGAGCGACCCCCACCCUCGUGUUCGCUAUGCAGGCUGCAAUGCCCUCGGUCAGAUGAGUACCGAUUUUGCCGGAACCAUGCAGGAGAAAUACCACGCCAUUGUACUGAACAACAUCAUUCCCGUACUAAGCUCUCCCGAGCCUCGUGUUCAGUCUCACGCUGCUGCUGCUCUGGUUAACUUCUGUGAGGAGGCCGAACGCAGUAUUUUGGAGCCUUAUCUCGGAGAUCUUCUCAGCCGCCUUCUGGAUCUUUUGCGUAGCGAGAAGCGCUACUUGCAGGAGCAGGCUCUUUCUACUAUCGCCACCAUUGCUGACUCCGCCGAGACCGCUUUUGGUCAGUACUACGAGAACCUCAUGCCGCUUCUUCUCAGCGUCCUCAAGCAGGAGCAAGGCAAGGAAUACCGCCUGCUUCGCGCCAAGGCCAUGGAGUGUGCCACUCUUAUUGCUCUAGCCGUUGGCAAGGAGAAGAUGGGUCAAGAUGCUCUGAAUCUCGUUCAAAUCUUGGGCAACAUUCAACAGAAUAUUGUCGAUGCUGACGACCCUCAGUCACAGUACCUGCUUCACUGCUGGGGACGUAUGUGCCGUGUGCUCAACCGUGAUUUUGUGCCAUAUCUCCCAGGUGUUAUGCCACCUCUGCUGGCCGUUGCUGCCGCUAAGGCUGAUAUUCAGCUUCUGGAUGAUGAAGAGCAAAUCGAGCAGGUUGAACAAGACGAGAGCUGGGAGCUGGUACCCCUCAAGGGUAAGGUCAUCGGUAUCAAGACUAGUGCUCUCGAGGACAAGAACACUGCCAUCGAAUUGAUUACUAUUUAUGCCCAGAUCCUAGAAGAGGCCUUUGAGCCAUAUGUCUUGGAAACUAUGGAGAAGAUUGCCGUUCCCGGUCUUGCAUUCUUCUUCCAUGACCCCGUUCGUGUAUCGGCUGCUAAGCUGAUCCCUCAGCUGCUAAACUCCUACAAAAAGGCACAUGGCCAACAGUCUGCUGGCUUUGGCGAGAUGUGGAACAAGGUUGCUGAGAAAAUCAUUGAGGUUCUGAGCGCCGAGCCCACUGUUGAUACCCUCGCUGAGAUGUACCAAUGCUUCUACGAGUCUGUUGAGGUCGUUGGCCGCAACAGCCUGACCCCUCAACACAUGCAAGCAUUCAUUGACUCUGCCAAGUCUACUCUGGAGGACUACCAGAUGCGUGUUAAGCAGCGACUAGAGGAGCAGGCUGAGCUGGAAGAGGGAGAUGAGGAGAACUUGGAUUACGAGUACGCCGUCGAGGAUGACCAGAACCUACUCAGUGACAUGAACAAGGCUUUCCACACCAUCUUCAAGAACCAAGGCACUACCUUCCUGCCUGCUUGGCAACAAUUGAUCCAGUUUUACGACAACUUCAUCACCAGCCAAGACCCCACACAACGCCAAUGGGCUCUUUGCAUCAUGGAUGAUGUGCUAGAGUUCUGCGGCGAAGAGUCUGCGGCUUAUAAAGAUCACAUCAUGCAGCCUCUCGUUGCUGGCCUGCAAGAUGACAAUGCCGCUAACCGUCAGGCUGCCGCUUACGGUGUUGGCGUGGCCGCUCAGAAGGGUGGUGUCGCCUGGAGCGAUUUCGUUGCUCUCAGCAUUCCCAGCCUUUUCCAGGUGACUCAACACCCUCAUAACCGCACGGAAGAGCAUGUAUUUGCUACCGAGAACGCCUCGGCCAGUAUUGCCAAGGUCCUGCACUACAACUCUUCCAAGGUGCAGAAUGCCCAGGAUGUUGUAGCCAACUGGAUCGAGACCCUUCCCAUCACUUUUGAUGAAGAGGCAGCUCCUUAUGCCUACUCCUUUAUCGCACAGUUGAUUGACCAACAAAACCCUGCCGUCUUUGGCAAGGCAGAUCGUGUAUUCGGAUUCAUUGUACAGGCCCUCGAGGCUGCGACACUUCAAGGCCAAACUGCCUCCCGUGUCGCCCAGUCUGCUAAGACAUUGGUGGCAGCCACAGGACUGAACGCCGAGUCUAUUCUCGCGGGUGUCAGCCCAGAGAACCAGGAGCGUGUACGCAAGCUUUUCGCGUAA